AUGGGUGACAAUAUGGCUGUUAAAAUUACGAGAGCUGGUAACGGCUAUGCAUUUGAACAAUGUAAGAUGCGCGAGUGUCGACCUUUGCGGUGGGCAGAUAUAAGUAGUCAAGAUCGGUGUCCUAGCGUGGCUCGGGUGAUCCCAGCCUCGCAGGCUGCAGGAGUGUCAAACCUUACGAUGGAAAUCGAUCAGUUUUCGGACUAG